GCCCAGGCACCACCCAAGGUGCUAAUUUAAAUUGACUUGCAGAACAAGUAGGCUUUGCAGCAACUUUACAGCUUCUUGCUCAAGCCAGUGCGAUUUUGUUACCGGGGCCGCCGAGUCCCGGUGCGGGGUCCGCAUUCCGGCGCCAUGAGUCCCGCGUGGCCCGGCGGCCGAGCGGUGCUGCGCCUCGGCGGGUUGACCUUGUUGCUGCUGCUGCUGCUGCUGCUGUGUCCGCAGGCUGCUCGGGGUGACUGCAGCCUUCCUCCAAAUAUACCUAAUGCCCAGCCAGAUUUGAAAGGUCUUACAAGUUUUCCUGAACAAAGCAUAAUAACAUACAAAUGUGAUCAAGGCUUUGUAAAAAUUCCUGGCCAGCCAGACUCAGUGGUCUGUCUUAAGAACAAUGAAUGGUCGAAUAUCACAGAAUUUUGUAAUCGUAGCUGUAAUUUUCCAGCCAGGCUGCUUUUUGCAUCUCUCAAAAAGCCUUAUAACCAACAGAAUUAUUUCCCAUUGGGUUCCAUUGUGGAAUAUGAGUGCCGUUUGGGCUACAAAAGAGACCAUUCCCUAUCAGGAAAAAUAACUUGCCUUCAGAAUUUUACGUGGUCCAAACCAGAUGAAUUUUGUAAAAGAAAAUCAUGUCCUAAUCCUGGAGAAAUAACAAAUGGUCAUAUAAAUAUAGCAACUGACAUAUUAUUUGGCUCAUCCAUCACCUUCUCAUGUAACACAGGGUACGAAUUAGUUGGUGAAACUUCUAGUUACUGUAUUAUUGUGGGACAGACUCUUGGGUGGAGUGAUCCAUUGCCAGAAUGCAAAGAAAGUACUCAAAUUGUAGAUGUCACACAAACUCCUCAGAAACCCACCACAGCAAAUAUUCCAGCUACAGAACUCCCAUCAGCUCCUCAGAGACCCACCACAGUAAAAGCUCCAGGUACAAAGACAACACCAACUCCUCAGAAACCCACCACAGCAAAUAUUCCAGCUACAGAACUCCCAUCAGCUCCUCAGAGACCCACCACAGUAAAAGCUCCAGGUACAAAGACAACACCAACUCCUCAGAAACCCACCACAGCAAAUAUUCCAGCUACAGAACUCCCACUAACUCCUCAGAAACUCACCACAGUAAAAGCUCCAGCUACAAAGGCUACACUAACUCUUCAGAAACCCACCACAGCAAAUAUUCCAGCUACAGAAACCAUAUCGACUCCUAAAAAACCCACUACAAUAAACUCUUCAGCUUCAAAGGCCCCACUAAUUCCUCAGAAACCAAUCACAACAAAUGAUUCAACCACAACAGCCAAAAUAUCCCCUGUAUCAGAUGCUCUAUCUACAGAGAGCUUACCAGCAGCCCAGAAUCCCAUCAUGGCAAAUACUUUUGCUACACAAGCCAAAGUAAAACAAAAAUUUACAGCUGACCAUGCCCUUGUGACUAAGGGUCUCCAUACGACACAAAUAUUGCCCUCUGCUCAUAUUACAGCAACACAGAGUCAAGCUGUUCCACAGGAAACCACACCUUUUCAGACAAGAAGUACAUCGAAAAGCAAAGAAACCCUUCUUGUAGGGGCCAGCACCAUUGUAUCUGGACUUGUUGCUGUUACUAUAAUAAUUGGUUCCCUAAUUCUAGUCAAAGUUUUCUGGGACUAUGGAAAAUCUGGCUCUUAUUACACACACGAGAACAACAAAGCAUUAAAUGUUAUGUUUCAUAAUUUAACUGUGACUGCUGAUGCCUCAGAAGUAAGACCUGGUAAAUUAUAAAAGGACACACAUUUAUAACAUUGACUGUUUUGUUUAUGACGCUAGCAACCAUUGGCUAGCUGACUUAGCCAAAGAAGAGAUAAGAAGAAAGUACACAUGAGUACACAGAAUGUUUCUAGUUUUUUAUAAGUUUCUGGAGGCAUGGACACAACAUAUGCAGUAGUGCUCUUCAUUGUACACAUUAUUGUUCCUAAGGUGCUUAAGAACGUUAACAAGGUGAAGAGAAAAGAAUCUGUCCUGGAAUCACAUUCUCAAUACUCCUAUGCUUUUGAAAAUAGAAAACUUGCAAGACUGAGAAUGAUUAUUUUUCUAAAUGUGAAGGAAAGUGUAGAGAUUUGUUCAUGCUUAGAAAGUGAGCAUGAAGAAAAAGAAAGAUGACUCUUUUCAACUAGAUAUAUAAUAAUGUUUUAACUUACAAAGGAAAUUAAAAAGUUAAAAAUGUUAAUUGGGUUUUGAAAAUAAACAAAAAUGAUGUUGCCCAGUCUCUUUCAAGCAAAAUUGCCAAAGAGAGAUGAAUCUCAUUAUAAAAUAACAAUUCUUGACUCUAAGGCAUUUUUAUCUUAUUCCAUUAAAAUGAGUCUGAAUGUGUUGGUAAAAUAUUUUAAAUGAAAAACAUGUUAAUGAUCUAGAGUUGAGUAUCUUGGAUUAGUUGGUGGCAAAGGAGAAGUAUAGAAUGAAGAAAUAAUUUUUUUCUUUGUCACACAGUCACAGACAAUUAACUAGGACUUAGCCCCUUGUAAGCUGGAUCAGCUACAAUUUUAAUUUUUGUUUUUAGAGCAAUCUCUUUUUGUGUGUAAAAAAGUCCUGUGAAAGGGCAAAAGGAUGGAAGGUGUAUUGGCUUAAUGUUUUAAAAGCAUCCAGAGAUAUAAUAUUAAUAUAAGAAAAGAUUCUAUAUUUCUGAAGUAAAUUAUAAAUCUUAUUCUUUUGUAAUAUUAAGAUUAUAUUAAUUUAUAUCAGUGAACACAUUGAUUUUACAUGUAUAUCAAAAAAGUUCAAGAAGAUAUGUAAAGAAAAAUUUUCCCUAAAUGAAAUAAAUAAUUGAUCACAUUCUUUA